AUGGCACCACUCCAAAUCACUGUCGGAGGCUCAUCAGUCAUCAUCCGCCAGCCUGAACGAGGUCUUCUGAACGUGACCGUAAACGCCGAAGGGACCACUCGCGAAAUGGUCUCUAACAAAGUGACAGAGACUUCCAACGAGCUCAGCAAAAUUUUCAAAGACCUCUCUCCGAAGAAUGAGUCGGGAGAUCCAACCGCAGAUGCAGCCGUGGUAACUUACUCCUCCACUUCCCUCCGUACUUGGCGCUGGAAUGUCCAAGGUGGAGCGAAUUGUUUCAGAACCCAGGAAUACCAUGGAAAUCUGUCACUCGUUGCUGUGUUCCGCGACUUCGCUAAAAUGAGUGAGGUUGCUGGGAAGCUUGUCAGAUAUUCAAACGUCGACAUCAACUCGAUAGGCUGGGAGCUAACCGCGGCCACCAAAAAGGCACUGAGCUCCGAGUCGCGCAAGGAGGCCAUCCGCGAUGCAGUCCAAAAAGCAACUGACUACACUGAUGUCAUUGGGCGUAAGGUGGUAGCAGUGGAAAUCCACGAUGGAGGGAAUUCCGCUUUCGGUGUGUUGGCGCGUCCAGUGCCGAUGCCUUUUGGUGUAAGUUCAGGGGGCCUCUUUGGUAAUGGUGCUACAGGCUUCGGACAAAACACUGGAGGAGGCUCCGGAGGAUUGUUUGGCAGCAUAGCUAACAACACCCCUGCUCCUGUCCCCUCUGCACCACCACUCGAUCUUACUCCGCAGGAAAUACAAUACACAAGCUCUGUGCAGGUCAAAUUUGAAUCUGUCCCGGAUGAGUGA